AUGAUCCCGACCCUCUGUCUACUACUUUCGGUGUCGUUGCAGGCAGCGGGUGUCUUUACAUCUCCGUCUCCUGCAUUGACCCAACGGCCCCCGGAGGCGCAAAACGGUGGCUCGCCUGCUGGCAUCUCGAACCGUUUCUUCGCAUCGCUCGAACGUCUCGCUCGACUGGUCGACAUUACCUACUGCGUCGGUACUACUGGGCUAGGCCGGCCUUUCGAAUGCGUCUCGAGGUGCAAAGACUUCCCCACGUUGGACCUGGUCACGACAUGGAACACCGGGGUCCUGAUGAGCGAUAGCUGCGGCUACAUCGCCGUUGACCAUGGCGCAAGAUUGGGCGGCGGCGGCGGCGGCGGCAGAAGCAGCAGCGAGAAGCCGGGGCAGGAGAGGCAAGGAGCCAUUAUAGUCGCCUUUCGUGGCACCUACAGCAUCACCAAUACGGUUGUGGAUCUGAGUACGAUCCCCCAAGAAUAUGUGCCGUACCCUUCGCCAGAAGACGGUGGCGAUAAGCCGCCAAAGGAACCAGAGCACAAGUGUGAUAACUGUACCGUGCAUAUGGGCUUCCUAGCAUCGUGGAAGAUUGCCCGAGAGGAUGUUCUACCUAUUCUGAAGCCCCUGGUGUUACGGUAUCCCGACUAUCCUGUCUACCUCGUCGGCCAUAGCCUUGGCGGUGCUGUGGCUGCCCUGGCCGCUCUGGAGAUGAAGGUCAUACUUGGUUGGGACAACGUUGUUAUCACCACAUUUGGCGAGCCGAGGGCUGGGAAUGGCGGCUUUGUUCGUUACCUCGAUGCGGUCUUCGACCUGAAGAACAACCAGACGGAUCCCGAGGACUGGGCGUACCGAAGACUUACUCAUGUGGACGACCCUGUUCCCUUGCUCCCGCUUCACGAAUGGGGCUACAGAUCGCACGCUGGCGAGCUCUAUAUCUCGAAACCUGACCUCGCACCAUCACCAGAGGACAUCUGGCCGUGUGCGGGUGACUACGACCCAAAGUGCAUUGCAGGCUCCGAUGGAGAAGAUUUGAAUCCUGCACACCACGACCCACUCUUUGGUGGUAAGGAUAUACAAGACGAGACUCACGUUGCAAAAAGAUGGGGAUUUCCGUCGAGGCUGAAGUUAUGGCAGCUCUUUUUCGCGCAUCGUGACUACUUUUGGCGCUUGGGCUUGUGCGUGCCUGGGGGUGACCCUUUUGAUUGGGGCAGAGACAGAUAUCCCAACACCGGCGCUUCAAGGCAUGACGGAACCGAGAGUGAGUUGUAA